ACGAUAUUAUAGAUAUUUCUUAUUUAUGUACCAGUAAUGCAGCAUAAAGAAUUGAAAGGGUCAAACUCAGAAACCUCAAGAUGGUUAACUGUAGUGUUAUUUGGAACAUUUGUUCGUGUUGUAUUCAUGGUAUCAGGCUUUCAUGAGUCAUUUUAUCGAAAUGUUCAAGUUGUUAGUCCUGUGACUUCUUGGUUCAGAGUGACAGAAUGUGUUGCUUUGGCAUCAAAACAAAUGUCACCUUACUCUGGCGACAUUUGCCACCAUCCUCCUUUGGUUGUUCAGUUCUUUCAAGCAUUACCAGCAGGGUAUUCGUUUUGGUUUUUCUUGUUUUGCGAUAUUUUGACUGCAAUGGUACUCUACACUGCUGCUGCAUCAUAUACAUCCAAACAGCUAAGUGAUCAAGAAAAAAACAAAACCAAAUAUGCAUCAGAUACAGCUGUGUUAUUGUUAGAUGAAUGCAAAUUAAGAAACGUUCCAUUAACUGUGAUGGCUUUUUACUUGGUGAAUCCGUAUACAUUAGUAUCAUGUGUUGCUCAGUCAACUGUUAUUUUAAGUAAUUUGGUCACUGCAAUGGUUUUGUUGUGUAUGAUCAAUGGAUGGUUUUCACUGUCAUGUGUAUUUAUUGCAAUGUCUUCAUAUUUAUCUUUGUAUCCAAUCAUGUUGUUGGUUCCUGUCACAAUCUAUGCAUGUCAGAAGUCAUCUUCCAUCACUGUACCUGUCAUAAAAUGCUUGACAUCACUGCUCCUAAUGUUAUGUGGACUGUUUUAUACUUCAUACAAGAUGGAUGGUAGCUGGAAGUUUGUGUAUUCUGUGUUUGGCUUUAUAUUAGAAGCUCCUGACCUUACUCCAAACAUGGGUUUGUUUUGGUACUUUUUUUUGGAAAUGUUCGAUCAUUUUAGUUUGUUCUUUUUAUGGGUUUAUCAAAUCAACGCAUUCAUUUACACUGUACCCUUAGCUGUCAUAUUCAGGAAACAACCCAUGCUUAUAUGCUACGCGCUAAUCUCACUGAUGACACUCUUUAAAUCAUACAGCACGUUUGGUGAUCUAAGUCUACCCAUAGCUUUGCUACCAUUAUGGAGUUACACAUACAGAUACAUGCGUAAUGUGCUUUUAAUAAUGGCGAUGUUAUUAUUUACAUCUGUACUUGGUCCUGGCAUGUGGCAUUUAUGGGUAUACGCCGGUAGUGGAAAUUCAAACUUCUUUUACGCUGUCACUCUGGCUUACUGCACAGCUCAGAUAUUCUUAUUAUCUGACGUUCUGUAUGCCCAUCUACGUUACGAGUAUCAUCUUUGUAAUGGAAUGUCUCCUAAAACAUCGGAUGGAAAAGAAGGUACUGUUGUCAUGAAGUGAGAUAUUGUUAUUCUUCUAGCUGACAAAGAAGAUAUUUUUACCUGGUCCAUAACGUGGAGGUGUCACUGUGGGAGUGACGCUUUUUGGAACAGCUUCGGGUGGCCAGAACGAACAAACUGACUGUCGAGAUAUUUUGAUGUCAUCCAACGCGAUGUCACCGAAGAAGCUGUACGAUGUUGUACCUUGGAAAACGAUCUAGGGAAAUGUUUAUUAGUUAGCGAACUUAAAGCAGAUAAUAUAGUUGUAUCGAAGAACGUGUUUGCCAUUUAGAGAAGAAAUGUAUAUAAUGAAGAUUA